CCGCGCGACUUCCAAACUCAGCGCGAACCCGCAGAACCAGGAAAGUAAGGGCUACAGACAGUGAGAAAUAGUUUCGCUCGCCAGCUAGAACAACUCUGUCGGUACCAACCCCAGAGCGUUGAGAGCAGCCCACCUCCACGCUUCCUUAACGGAGAGGUGCAGGACUCAGACUUCACCAGCCCACUCGGUACCGGCCUUGUACGAGAAGAGACGCCAAGGACGCGCUCUCCCGCGUCCAGGCAGCCCCAGCUUGCUGGCUUGCCUGCCUGCCUGCGUGCAGCUCUCGGCCGGCGUGCAGCAUGACCCUGUGGAACGGCGUACUGCCUUUUUACCCCCAGCCCCGGCAUGCCGCAGGCUUCAGCGUUCCACUGCUCAUCGUUAUUCUAGUGUUUUUGGCUUUAGCAGCAAGCUUCCUGGUCAUCUUGCCGGGGAUCCGUGGCCACUCGCGCUGGUUUUGGUUGGUGAGAGUUCUUCUCAGUCUGUUCAUAGGCGCAGAAAUCGUGGCUGUGCACUUCAGUGCAGAAUGGUUCGUGGGUAGAGUGAACACCAACACAUCCUACAAAGCCUUCAGCGCAGCGCGCGUUACAGCCCAUGUCGGUCUGCUCGUGGGCCUGGAGGGCAUUAAUAUUACACUCACAGGGACCCCAGUGCAUCAGCUGAACGAGACCAUUGACUACAACGAGCAGUUCACCUGGCGUCUGAAAGAGAAUUACGCCGCGGAGUACGCGAACGCACUGGAGAAGGGGCUGCCGGACCCAGUGCUCUACCUGGCGGAGAAGUUCACACCGGGCAGCCCUUGCGGCCUGUACCACCAGUACCACCUGGCGGGACACUACGCCUCGGCCACGCUGUGGGUGGCGUUCUGCUUCUGGCUCCUCUCCAACGUGCUGCUCUCCACGCCUGCCCCGCUCUACGGAGGCCUCGCACUGCUGACCACCGGAGCCUUCGCGCUCUUCGGGGUCUUCGCCUUGGCCUCCAUCUCCAGCGUGCCGCUCUGCCCGCUCCGCCUAGGCUCCUCCGCGCUCACCACUCAGUACGGCGCCGCCUUCUGGGUCACGCUGGCAACCGGCAUCCUGUGCCUCUUCCUCGGAGGGGCCGUGGUGAGUCUCCACUAUGUUCGGCCCAGCGCUCUUCGCACCCUUCUGGACCAAAGCGCCAAGGACUGCAGCCAGGAGAGAGGGGGCUCACCUCUUACCUUCAGCGACCCACUGCACAAGCAGGCCGCGCUCCCGGACUUAAAAUGUAUCACCACUAACCUGUGAGGGGGACCCAAUCUGGACUCCUUCCCCGCCUUGGGACAUCGCAGGCCGGGAAGCAGUGCCCGCCAGGCCUGGCCCAGGAGAGCUCCGGGAAGGGCACUGAGCGCUGCUGGCGCGAGGCCUCGGACAUCCGCAGGCACCAGGGAAAGUCUCCUGGGGCGAGCUGUAAAUAAACUUUUUUUCUUUUGUUUUU